CUGGGUUUGGAAGGUUUCUUCGUCGAGCGCGCUAGGGACGUCUUAUACGAGGCGUUUCCCUGUGGAUCGCGAUUAACCGCGAAUCGAGUGACGCGCGUCCCCGUCGACGGCGAGCUUGGCUAGGCUGGUGGUUGUUUUGACCCCGGAGUGUUUCCCGAGUGGAAUGGUCGCGGGUGUCGCGCGCAUCGCUCUCCGCCCGCGGAGUGUCGGGCCAAAAUAAAUCGGUACCCCGCGAGGGAGAAAGGGGCGAAAGCGCCUACCACGAGGAAGAGAUCGCGCGGCCGAAGAGACCGCCACCCAGAGAGACGCGGAAGCGAGCUAUGCGGAAGUGCGUCCGGUCGACCCUCCUCCGCGGGAACUCUGGGCGUCGCGUGCCACGGGACUCGCAGAGGACGGUCACGAGCACGAGCAACAACUUAGCGACGUGUUAAAUCCUGGCAUCUGGCUCCGAGUGCAUCUCAAACAGCUCGAUUCGUUGCCUCCACAUCGUCAACCCUGAGCCAUUCCUCGAGGUGUUUGCUACGCUGGAGUUCUAAGCUGCUACUCGAUGAACACUGGUUACGUGGCAUCGAGACUAAGUCAGUUCUGGGUGCUGUGAAGUAAAAUUUUCUAGUUUUUGCUUUCCAUUCCGAGAUGUUUUUGCAAACUCGUCUCGGAAUUCUGUCCCAUGGAUCGCUCGAACGUGUUUUUAUGAUAUUCAGCUGGUUUCCGUGAGUGGAAAGUUAAAAGCUGGAUGGUAUACCUUAAGCUAUGUGGAGGCGCAGUAGGCUGAUCAUUUUUCUUGGUAGCUUAAGGCAUUGCGUAUCACAGGAUUUGGGAAGCAUUGGAGCAAGCGUUAGGACCAAGAGGACGAUACGCUAGUCCUCGACCCCUUUAGGGGUUAUCCUUUACGCACACCGGGGCAUAACUCAGCCCUGCGAUUUGUUUGAUCCUGUGUCUUCUGACAAUCUGCUGCCCGCUACAGAACGGGUUAUGUUUCCCACUUUCAUUGGGAUUCUAGACAUACAAUCGUGGUGGGAGGUGCCGAGUAUAGCGCACUUCUGCUCGUUGUUUAGGGCCGCCUUCAAUCUUCUGGACUUUGACAUCGAGGAUUUAGAAGAGGCGCUAUUAACUGACGGAGGCACCGAGGGACACCUUUUACAAGAAUUGAUAGUACGGCUGCUCGAGGGCUGCCUGCCCAACGAUACUCGCAAUGACAUUUCUACGUUCAAUUAUCAGAUGUUCCUGCGCAGACUCUUUCGAAAAAAAUGCCAGGAAUACAAGUGCGAAAAUCCAUUCAAUACGGAUGUAGACUUCGAGCUGCUUCCCUUGCGGCAGAAGGUAGAAAUUCUACGUGCUCUCUGUGACUUCAGGCUUGACGCCGAGGACGUGGAGCAAUCACUGAGUAACUUGGACUCGGACAGUCUGCGAGUCGAACCAUUGGGUCAUGACCGUAAGAAUUCUGCCUACUGGUACUUUUACGGCACUCGACUGUACAGGGAGGACUACAUCUGUGCUUCCAACAGCGUCUCGCAGAAGCAAAAGGGCAAGCCAAAAGACAGGAAACGUAAAAGACGACGGAACAGAGUGGCGAGGGAGGAGGAGGAGGAGGAGGAGGAAGAGGAGGAGAAGGAAGAAGGUGGCUUAAUAGACCGAGAGGAAGGAAAGGAGAGCGUCUGGCAAGUGGUUUGCUUUAGUCAACAGGACUGGAGUCGAUUGGUUGAUAAAUUUCGCAAUUCGGAGUACGAUACCGAACGCAAGCUCUACCGCACGUUGUCCGAGGACUUUAUGCCAGAGAUCCCGAAGCUCUUCGACCUUAAGGAGAAGCAACAGAGGCACAGACUGCUGCAGAGGAACAGUUCCAGGGUGCUGCGUAGCCAACCGGCCGGCCAAGCCAAGGCAGUCAUGGUCAAGGCCAAGGUCAAGAGCAAACUCAACAAAGGAGGAAAGAAGACCGGUCAGACCUCGAAGGCGAACAUCCAGGUCGAGGAAGAGGUGCCCGAGCCGCGCUCGGUGCCUCCUGUCCAGAAGAAAGGCAGGCAGACGAACAACUCCCUGGCCUCGGCCGUAGGACAGAUCGUCAUCCACACGAGGGACGAAGUCGAGGAUCCGGCCAACAAGAAGGGCAUCGGGAAACACGGAGUACCCGAUUACUUAUCCUCCAGCUAUGGCUACGGAUAUGGAUACGGAUACGAGGAAGAGGAGCGCAGGGUUGGCAUGCACAAGGUGCUCGAGAGCAUCAAGGAUCACGUCGAUGCCUGGCCCUUCGUCGACCCCGUUGACGAGGAGUACGCCCCCAGGUAUUACAGCGUGGUGCGGCGACCGAUGGAUCUCAGCACGAUGGAGGAGAAACUCGACGGCGGAUCUUACAAGACCCUGAGUCAAUUCAAGAGAGACUUCCGACUCAUUGUGGAUAACUGCAGGCAGUACAAUGGAUCUGACAAUGAGUACACGGAGAUGGCCGUUAAUCUCAAGGAGGCUUUCGAUAGAGCGGUCGUUCGAUAUUUGGAAUCCGAGUCGUCCAGCGAGGAGGAUCCACCGUCGCCGUCGUCGCCUCGUCAGAGUCUUCCGUCUCUUCCGUGUCCACCUAGGAGUAAUUCCUCGCCGUCUACGCAGCACGGUGUGAGGAAGCGCAGCAAAAAACCGAGCAAAAAGUCGAAAUCUAGCAAAUCGGAGAAGUCGAGUAAGGAGCGAGCCGAAGAGGAGGAUGAGGAGACGGAGGAGCGGAGCGAGGUUGAAUCCAAAGUGACCAAAGAGAAGAAGGGGAAGAAGAAAUCGAAGAGAGCGAAGAGCGAGGAGGAGGAACUCGAGGAGGAGCUCGAGGAGGCGAAGAACGAAGGUGCAAUAUCCGAUGAGAUCAAUGUGAUAAAGUCGAAGAGGAAGAAACACGCGGAGCUGGACCGACUGCUGGCGGAGAGCAAGAAGGUGCUCUCGAAGAAGGAGAAGGUCGCGGAAGAGAUGAAGAAGAGUGGCAACAAGAAGGAAGCGAAGACGCAGCAGCAGCGGGAAAAGAAGGAGCCGGAGAUCGUGCGCUCGGCCAAGGAGACCAAGGAGAACAAGAAGAGGAAGGAGGACUUCGAGGAGGACUACGAACUCGGCAUGCCGAAGAGUAAGAGCAAAAAGAUCGAGAAGAGAGAACUGCGCGGAAGCUCCGUGGAGAGGACCAGGAAGAGCAAGCAGAAGAACGCGGAGGUACCGGAGAACCGCGCCCUCGAGGAGAACGGAAAGAAGGCCGCUCAGACGAAGUCGAAGAAGAAUCGAAAGAAGGAGAGGGUCGAGUUGGAAGUUUCUUCGAGGUCUAGCGAGGAAUCCGACGCGAGGACCAGGACGAAGGAGAGAGAGAAGAAAGCGAAACCGAAGGAGGAGGAUCGCCCAAGGAACGGGGAGUUAAAGUCGAAAACGACCAACAAGGUCGAGGAUGAGCGAAAGGCCGACCUGGAAAAGGUGGUGCCCACCUCGAACAAGUUCUCUUCGGUUUCUAGCGAGAAGGAUCUGGAAUCGCUCGACGGGCUCAAGGACAGGAUCAGCGAGCGUAGGCGCGAGGAGAGGUUGAAAAUGGAACGGGAGAAGCAGAGGAAGGGCCUGAAAGGCGACGGCUAUGGGGUUUAUCAAAAAAAAGUGCCUUCUAACGGUAGUAGCGUUCAGGACGCCGGGAAAGGGAGUGCGAAGCGGGCGAAGCCGAAGAGAAUCGCGAAGGAGGAGGCUGGCAUCGCCGCGGCCGGUGUCGGCAGGAACCAAAGUCAAGAUGCACCUGAACCGAGGAAAGUCAAGGCUGGUCAGGGCAAACAUACCAAAGCGUUCGGGAGGGAGGAGAGCCCGACGAUCCAAGCCUUGAACCAAGCUACGGAACAGACCCUUAACGACAUCAACAAAUGGCUGGACGACGCGCCACGACUCUCCGAGUUUUCCUCGGGGAGCGAUUCGCCGGUGUUCCAGCCGUCGUCGAGCGAUUCGUCGCGUCCGAAGGUCGAGGUCCCCAGGAAGCGGCCGAGCUCGAUAAAGCUCUUCGGGCCGCACGGACCCACUAGGCCGAAAAAGGUCCAGCGGACGAUAGAUCGGCUUCAGCCGGGAAAGAGCAAGGGCAAUCUGCUCCUGAAGAAGCCGCUGAACCUGCCGAGCGGAAGCGGCGUUAGCGACGCGGCGACGAACCAAUCGACGGUGGACCUGGAACAACCGAAGAAGGAACACCCCGAGGAGCCCAAAUUGAGCCUGGGAACCGUCCUAAGGAACGCGGACUCGAUCCAGUUGAUCUGCAAAAGCCUGGUCUCGUCGCCGAAUCCAAACCUGUCGAACGAAGACGAAGAGGAGGACGCGAAACCCGCGGUACCGGCAGUGCAGGCCAGUGCGAAGGAGGAGAAACAAGCAGCUAGUAAAAAAGAGACGGAAGCACCGGCUUCCACUCAGGUCGAGACCAAGGGCAAGGAGGUCGAGGAGGUCGGUCAGAAGCCGAAGAGCGCCACGCCGAACCUGAGCGCGUGGUUCAAGGCGUUCGGGGCGCCGAAGUCGAAGAAGAAGGAGGAAGAGACCGAGGAGAGCCAGGUGAAGGUGCAGCCGGAGGUGCAGGAGGUACCCGGGAGGCAACGACGUCUCAGCACGUCCGGCGGCAGCAGCGUCAGCGAGUCGGUCUCCAGCUUCUCGCAGGAGUCGCCUCCACCGGGCAGGUCGGCGACCAGGUCGCCGCAAGCUCAGACCUUGAUGCCGACAGCUGCGCCCGCCGAGGCCACCGUGCGAGGCGCCGGCUUCUAUCAGGAUGCCCUUUCUGCUGGGAGUAGCCCUUACAACAGCCCGUACUACGCGACACCUCCCAGAUACUCUGCCCAGCUGCCGCCGACGCCCUCGCCGCAGAACAACCACCCUUCGCCGGCUUACCCCUCGCCGGCAGGCUACGACCAGCCGACUCCUCCGUAUCCUCCGAUGACCGCUGGAGUAGUGUCCCAGUCGCCCUCCCUCCAGGUCUACCAGAAGCCAGGAGUCUCCACGCAAGAAGCGACCAGCGAUGGAUUCUCUCAACGAUCACCGCAAGGCGCUCUUGCCCCCACUUCGCCGCGACCAGAUCCAGCUUAUCCUCCCUCUCAGCAGGUUACCACUGCUGGACAAGGACAGUCGCCGGUGUACCUGCGGCAAUCGCCCCGGCUGGUGCACUCUGCCUAUCCUCAUCCCUCGCCCCAGCCCUCUCCGCAACAGCCACCCACUCCGAAUUACUCCCAACCAUCCCCGAACUACUCGCAACCCUCGCCACAACAGCACUCCGGUUACUCGCAGUCGUCCCCUCAGCAGCACUCCGGUUAUUCGCAACCAUCCCCUCAACAACAUUCCGGAUAUUCCCAGCCCUCGCCCCAACGACCCCCCAGUUACCCCCGAGCCUCUCCUCAGCCUCAACCGCAGCCUCCGGCGUCCUAUGGUCGAUCUUCUCCUCAGCCACCUCCGGCCUCUUUUUCUCAACCUUCUCCCCAGGCGCAUCCCGUUUAUCCACAGCCAUCUCCCCAACAUCCUGCAUAUUCACAGCCGUCUCCUCAACCCCGGUAUUCGCAACCUUCUCCUCAACGGUCGCAGACUUUCGCCCAGCACUCGCCUCAACCGACUGCUGGUUACUCGCAGCCCUCGCCCCAGCAAUCGGUUGGGUUUUCUCAACCCUCACCGAAGUCGGUUGGUGCUUACUCCCAACAAUCGCCUCAGCAGCCUCCGAGCUACUCGCAACCGUCUCCUCAAGGCGCACCCAACUUCUCCCAGCCAUCGCCUCAGCAGACCACCGCGGCGAGCUACUCGCAGCCCUCGCCCCAGCAGCCUCACAACUACUCCCAGACGUCUCCUCAACAGGCCACUAGUUGUCCAUCGGUCACGGUCUCGCCACAGGCUCCCGGCUACUCUCAGACGUCGCCGCAACCUACGACCAGCUUCCCGCAGCCAGCAAAGGGCACCGAGACUUAUCCUCAGGCAGCGCAGCAACCUGCAGUGAGUUACUCGCGAAGUUUCAAACGUAGUCCCACCUUCUCCCAGACGGCCGCCGAGGUGGAACGUAGGCCGGAGUACCAGAAACCCCCUGAGGAGAAGUCGCAGAGCACCGAGCAGUCGAGGACAUUCUCAGGACAAGGCGAACCGGCCCUCACCCUGGGCCAGUCGUUCCCAGCCGCGGGUCAGUAUCCCGGGACCUUUGGAAAUGGCUUUUCACCAGCUGAGAGGCCUGCCAGCGCCUCCGAGGCGAGUGCCCAACAGCAGAGGCCUCUCUCCAGAGUCAGCAAUCAGGAGCAACAGCAGCAGCAAAUCCAGCAGCAGGCGCAGGAGCGUCAUGGCUUCUCGGGAUCUGGGGAGCCCCUUGGGGUCCAGAAGUACACCCAGCCCCUGUCUCAGCAGCGCUUCCUCUGCAAGUCCACCGGCAAUGGAGAGCAGCUGCAGGCGCAAGACCAGUCUCAGAUCCUGGGGUUCCAGCAGAACCUGACCUCGGCCCACGAGGCGAUCUACCAGACUUCCGCGGGCUUCCAGGGAGGUCCUGCCUAUUCCAUGCCGAACUCCGCGUGCAGGCCCGUUUAUCCCAGCCCCCACUACUUCGACGCCAGUCCCAAGGGCUCGGGGAGCAACGGACCCAACGGACAGCCCAGCGGAAGCGUUGGGCCUGUCAAGAAGAGGGUCUACAACGAGCCUGCAGAGGGGGCGCGCAACCUCUCGCAGGAGGCCGGCAGGGCCCAGCAGGAGCAGUUCGGAUUCGAGGCCAUCAUGGCACUGUCGCAGGCUGAGACCGUUGCCGGUGCUCAGUUCGAUGGAGCCUUCGGCUCUCUGGUGGACUCCGUGGCCUCUAGCCCGGCCUACGCGAGGCUCGGCCUCGGCUUGGUAGGUCGGACCGCCAAGGAGCAGCAGCAGCUCCUCAGCAUCCCCAGGCCCUCGGCCAAGCCGGACCCCCUGGCCUACGCCAGAAGUCCGGCCGCCGCGUCCGACCUCGACCUGAACCUCCUGCAGAGCCUGAACGCCGCCGCUAAGAACCCCAGCAUCCUCCCUAUGCCUAGGAGGUCCGCCGAGGCCAUCUCUUCGGGGGCCCCCGCGAAGACGAAGAAAAGUAAGAAGAGCAAACAGCAACAGCAGGUCUCCGUGCCCGCGUCGAGCGUCGAGCAGCAGCAGCAACAGCAGCAGCAACAAAGCGCUACCGGUAUACCGGGGUUCCCUCAAUAUUCCUCGGGUGGCCCUGCCGAUUCCAUCGCCCUGAAGAACAGCGCGGUGGUACCUCCUGGGGGCAGCGCCUUCAACUUUGCGACGCCUGGCGCCGCUUCCAACAGCUCGCCCUUCUACGAUAAGGACUCCACGUCCGCUGCCGCUGCGGCGUUCGCCUUUCUCGACGAGUUCCGCAACCCUGGGAGCUACUACAGCAUGGCGUUCAGACAGCAGCAACAGCAACAGCAACAGCAGCAACAACAGCAGCAGCAGCAGGCUACUCCUGUGACCACCGAUGCCGCCGCCGCUGCCCAGGCCUGCAACAAGCUGACCAAUCAGACGCCCAGGAAUUAUCCGCCUCAUCCGUUUCUCCAGCAGAGGUCAGCACCUUAUGGUCCUCCCGUCUCGCCGUAUGUCUCCCCACACGGACCCAAUCUCGGCGUGGAUCCUGCCGCUUAUCAGCAGUAUCUCCAUUCCCUCUAUGCGCUACAACCCCCGGCACACCACCACAGGCCCUCCUGGCUUUAGCACCUGAAACCUGGCCGCAGGUUAGAUGCGAAGCAAGAGCGAGAUGCGAGAUUUUAAGCGCGAUUUCGACCAAUCCGGGAGAGGCGAGUCGCUCGAAUUGCAAGUUUCCUCGCCAGGCGGCGGCACUGCGAUAAGCAGUGGGAGGAGCUUUAAGGGGGUUCGCUGGGAAUUUUUUUUUUUACCCGACUUACCGAUAAUAUUUUUACUUUUUUUUUUUUUUAAGCUCACGAGAGUAGUUGAAUUUUGGAUACCGGGGUGUUUGCAUCUAAAAAAAAUUUAUCUCAAAGAAUCGUUUUUUUUUUUUAUGUAUAUACACUCGCAAUCGGCAGAAGACAAGACCGUGGGUCUUUGCACUUCUGGAUUUUAGACUUUUUAUAAUCGUGCAAUUUUUUGCAACCUUUCGGUGCGUUUACUCGUAAAUCAAUGCGAAUGGUUGUAUGUGGGCUUAUCUUGGGAUGAGAGGAGAAAUCAAGGUGGUAAGCUCGGGUAAAGAAAAGGAUACCUUCGGUCUCUCUUAAGCGAUUACACGCGGAGUUUGAAUCUGGAUGUCGUUGGGAAGAUAUUUAUGCACUCUGUGUAGAAAGGAUCUAAUCAUUCAUCUAUUAUGGGGGAAUGUCACUAGCAAACGGCAAGGGGUAAAAAUUCUGGGGACUCGUCGAUGCAAUUUCCGUAAUUCGAGGGACCCAGUGGGAGAGGUACAAGGGAUAAAUGCAAUUUCGUCGUGCAAGACAUUUAAUUUACAGCUCUCUAGGAUCAUUGUUUUAAACGUUCUCGUUGCUACAUUUUACAGACCGUACACCCAAAUCAAGUAGUAGCAGUGGCCGAUUUUUUUUUAUUUUCUUUUUUUCCCCUAUUCGACAGUGAACGUAGCAUCUACUUUUCAGUGUCGCCACGAAGGUCUAAUUUCCUCAAUCUUGAUUUCUUUUUCCUUUUUUAACUUUGUUUUAAUUUAUAACACCGACUUCCAGUCGCCGUCAAUUUAUCAUGGUCCUUUAUCAAGGCGGCACUUCAGCAGAAAAGUGGAAAUCGAUCUCUUCGGUAGCGUCACCUAUCUACGUCACUUCACAUUUCAUACCCUUCGACGCUCCAGAUGCGGGACUCCCCGUUGUCUUCGAACCUCGAUUGAUGUCCAACUCGGGUACAUUCCCACUCGCGAAGUACACACUUUAACUAUAAAACCGAAAGAUAAAAGAGAAAGGGAGGAGAAGAGGGUUCGACCGCACGAAUGCGAAAGUUUUUGCGAAGUAACGGUGAAACGAGCGAGCGAGCAUUUUUUCGGGAGCGCGAGCGCCUCCCCAGGGCGUUUUUUCGUAGAUUUUUUAAACUUUUCAGAAGUUUCCACAGGCGCGCGCCAACCGGUCCCCCCUCUAGGUCCUGCACCUUCCAUGUUGGAUUCUACGCGUGUUUCCCCUCUAUCCGUCGGUACGAAACCUCCGCAUUUUAUACACUUUAUCAGGACGUUAGCUUUUACUCGUAAUCUAUGUAGUAAUAUGUAUAUAUUAAGUCCGCCGACGUAUCGGGGCGUGGGUUAUGCGAAUUCCGAAGACGCGCCGAGGUCGUGAUCGUGGCCAUGGUUCCCUACCUCGAUCCGAACGUUGCGCGGCCUCUCUAGAUAGGUCUAUUGACAUAGGUAUGCGUGGCUACCAAUUCGAAAGAGGUCCCUGUAUGAUACAUAUACGACAUAGCGCGGCCUCUCUCUCUCUCUGGCUUUCUCGAAGGCGAAGCGAGAGAAAGAGAGAGAGAGGGAGACAGAGAAAGUGCGCGUUGACAUAAACUAUAUACGUAAGGUAACCUUAAGGUAGAUCAUUUCUUUGUACAUAAGAUACAUAUCCCUCGUGCUCCCCUUAGAUGACGCGUUCGAUACAGACACGGACUCGCAUUUCGAGAGGCUAGUUCGAUUCGAACGGGGCCUCGAUUUCGCGCGUCCGGUCGCGGGAAAAUUUCCGGCCCGGCGAUUGGUCGAAACAUCCGACCAAUCCCUGACGCCGGUCCAACGGAAACAGCUCUAGGAUUUGAACGCCGAAUUCCCCGUGUUAACCCACGCGAUCCUGUAUCGAUUAGAACAAAUAUGAAUAACGCGAUAU